GCUGACCUUGCCUCGUCGUGUGCGCUUUCGCUCUUGUGACAGUGAUCGCCCGUGUACAUAUUGAUAAAAGCCGUCGGCAGAAUCUUUCUGUCAGUGCUUCAGCAGCCUGUAGCAAGUUACGCAUUCGUGGUAGUGGGAGGAGAGAGAGAGAGAGAGAGCGAGCCGGGGAGGAACAGAGCGCACAGAUGUACUGCACGGUCGUUCGGACAGAUUCGGUUGGAGUUUUAUGAGAGAACGUCGAGCUGUCCUGUACUGGAAAAGUAGACAACAUUCUGAAACGGUAUUUUGACGACGACCACAAGAUGUGCACCCGGUGCUGUAUAGGGCAGCUGGCGUGUUGCUGUGGCUCGGCAGCGUGCUCCUGCUGCUGUGGAUGCUGUCCAAAGAUCAAGCAGUCCACGUCAACACGCUUCAUGUACGCGCUCUACUUCUUCCUGGUCACCGUCAUCUGUGUCUGCAUGAUGUCCCCCACCAUGGAGCAGCAGAUGAGGGACCGCAUCCCAUAUUAUAGUGACCUUUGUUUGAAACUGAAUGCUGGUGAGAACUGCUCGACGUUAGUGGGUUAUUCAGCUGUUUACAAGGUCUGCUUGGGCAUGGCUUGCUUCUUCUUCUUCUUCUUCCUCUUCACCCUACGAGUCAACUCUGCCACCGGAUGCCGUGCCGCCAUACAUAACGGCUUUUGGUUCCCGAAGUUCCUUGUGUUGAUUGCCUGCUGUGUUGGAGGAUUCUUCCUGCCGGAGCAGGACAUCUUUCUGGAAGUGUGGAGGUAUGUUGGAGCUGUGGGGGGGUUCAUCUUCUUGGCCAUCCAACUCAUGCUGCUGGUGGAGUUUGCCCACAGAUGGAACACUAACUGGAGUUCCGGUGUGAAGGACAACCGUCUGUGGUACGGGGCCCUGGCUCUGGUCACGCUGGUGCUGUUUAGCGUGGCCGUAGGAGCUGUGGUGUUCUUGGGUCUGUUCUACACCCACCCUGAGGCCUGUCUGCUCAACAAGGUGUUCCUGGGAGUCAACGGCAGCCUCUGUUUCAUUGUCUCCCUCCUGGCGAUAUCUCCCUUCAUACAGAGACUGCAGCCUAAGUCUGGCCUGCUCCAGCCGGGGGUGAUCAGUGUGUAUGUCAUGUACCUCACCUUCUCAGCCUUCUCCAGUAAGCCCAAAGAAACGGUGGUGGUUAAUGAGGUGAAUACAACUGUGUGUGUGUUUCCAUUCAACUCUGGAUCGGAGAGCGAAAAGGGGAUCGUAACAGGAGUUGGAACAGUCAUUUUGUUCGGCUGUAUUCUCUAUUCCUGUUUGACAUCCACCACCAGGCGGAGCUCUGCAGCACUUCGUGUGUGUAGGAACAGCGUGCCGGAGACAGAGAGAGCUCGCUGCUGUUUCUGUUUUGGAGAUGACACAGAUGACUAUGAUGAAGAGAAGACUGGAGGAGGCCAGAAUGUAAUGUAUGAUGAAACAGAGGGGACCGUCUACAGCUAUGCCUACUUCCACUUUGUCUUCUUCCUGGGUUCACUCUAUGUGAUGAUGACUGUCACAAAUUGGUUCCACUAUGACAACCAUCAGAUAGAGAAGUUGCUGGAUGGCAGUUGGUCUGCGUUCUGGAUCAAGAUGGCUUCGUGCUGGUUCUGUCUUUUCCUCUACAUCUGGACCCUGGUGGCCCCCAUGGUUUGCCCCAAACGCUUUGAGGCCUAACACACACACACACACACCUAUAAGCCCAGCACUACCUUCAAGAUGUCUACAUGGGCUUUAAGUGUUGCCUUUUGUUUUUAGUGUUUUUUUCUGUGAGUUAUGAAUAUGACACAUGUUUAAGCUAUUGUUGCCUUGAAGGCAGUUGAUGUCUUUUUUUUUUUUUCCUAAAAUGUAUGCAGGGCUUAAAACAGACUGACUCUUGGGGGUGCCUUAAACAACGGGCUGGACUAAUUUUCAUAUUCAGUGAAAUCUGUGGACUGGACUGAUGUUGGUUCUGUUCAUAUAGUUCUUUAUGGGGGCUGUCCAUGGUCAUGUGCAAGUCUUGGUGGGAGUCAUGGGAGUGCCCAGGGCCUCUAAGCACCAGUCUUAUUUGAACCCAGUUUACAUGUUUGCUUUCAUGUGGGAUUUCCAAACACAUUUCCUAUGGACCCAGACUUCCAUGUUGUUCUGUUAUUCCCAUGAAAAGCAUUUUUUUCUCAGGCUCACAUAUCAGCUGGAAGCGUCUCCCUUGCUUGUUAUUGCGCCCUUUUGUAGAAGAUGUUUUCUAUGCAAUUAAACAAGCGGUUUGGAUUUGAUUAGCCUGUGUUUAGGCCACAUGAUGAUGGUAACCAUGUUCAUUAUGAGUAGAUAGGAUCGGUAAUGUCAACGCUCCCUUUGAGCGACAACUUCUUUUGAACUAUUGUGUCGUUUUUUUUUACACAAACAUUUCUUGUACAGUUUUGUGUUUUCCAAAUAAGGUUGUCUGACAGAUAGAAGACUUGGGAUCAGAUAGUCAAUACUGAUGAAUGAAGGGAGGAAGGCAGAGCUGCAAUUUGUGAACAAAUUUAAAACCAUUUGCCAAAGGUAGAUCUCAGAAACAAGGAAUGGACACACUCAAGUUCUGCCUUCUGGUAAUAACUGCCACUGUUGUCCAACUCCUAGUCUCCAGAGACUUGCAUGCUGUGCCUUCUCUGUUGUUACUUUAUCUGGUCCUGUGAUAACAGCAGGAUGAAGGCAUACAGACCAGAAUGGACCAACACCUUAGUCUGCAGUAUAUGUUACUCAAAACUGGUUUUUGAUGUCCUGAACCAAUAAGACUAGACUUAAACUAAGCAAUACAAAGAAUCUCCAGAAUUCCUUGUCUUUCAGAUAUUAUGCUCUUUUGCUGUCAUACUUACCAUUCUACAGUAUAUAACCCCUUUGAAACUAAUUGUAUUUAUAAGCUUUGAUUUAACAUACUGAUAUUUGGUAAAAAAAAUAAAACUGGAUAUUUAAGAUCUCUUUUUAAAUAGCUUUCAGAUUAGCUAAAUAUCAGUGGUUUGUUGAGUUGCAUAUUCAUAUAACCCUAUGAGCCGGCCGUUUAAUGAAGAGUUUGUUCAUGCAUAUUUAUACCAUUAUUACAUACCAACUAUGACUUUAGUUUGCUCACCAGUGUUGUUGAAGGGAUUAAGCCUGUCAGGAAGCAUGUGGAGUCAAUUCAUUCCCUGGUGUCACAGAGGGAAUCAGACCUCAACAGCUGAAAGCUGCCAUAUCCACGUAUCAUCAGGUUAGUUUUAUGUCCUGGCUGCUGUAGCUCAGCCAGAUAGACAUGGUGCUUUACCCCAUCAGGUCAGUCUCAUUGAACCGUUAGGCUGUCUGUUACCACACCUGACAUGAUGUUCUUCUGUUUCCUGUUGUGGAGAUGACCACUAGGCGUGUGUGUACAAGAGAGUGAGAGGUAUGCAAGUGUGUUUUAUUGAUUUGCACAGGGGUUUUUGGUCUGGAGAAAAUGUUGCGUAUUUGUAUUUUCAAAUAUUCCUAAUAAUUAUCUGUAUGACACCAUUAGAUUGUGUCCUGAACAAAAAUAAAUAAAACAGCCUGUGAUGUCA